AUGGACGUCUUUGAUAGCAUGCAUUGGAGACCAACAAAGAAACUGAUGUCUGCACUAGGUGCCUGGCCUUUCCAACCGGUCAUUCAACAAAAAAUACUCGGAUCUCUAUUUUAUUUUAUCAUACAAAGUAUUUAUGUAGUUGAGAUUUCGAAAUUAAUGGUAGUGUGGGGUAAUUUAACUGAGACACUUGACUGCUUACCGGUAUUUGUAUAUCAUUCGAUGGUGCAAAUUAAGAUGUCAAAUUGUCUAUUGAAUUUGAAAAAGGCCAAAAUUUUAUUGUCGAAAGUUAAAAGAGAUUGGGAAUCGAAUUUAGAAGAGUCCGAAAUUAAAAUUUUAUGCAAUGAUGGACGUAUUCACAAAUCAGUAAUGGAUAUCUAUUCUAGUGGUUUAUCUUCUGUCGCUGUAAUUUAUGCUGUGGUACCGCUAGUUCCAAUAUUUCUUGACAUUGUGGUUCCAUUGAAUGAAACAAGACCUAAAAUUCUGCCAUACCCUACUGAGUACUUUGUGGACAUUGAAAAUAAUUUCUAUGCACUUUACAUACAUGGAUUUAUAGUGACUCCGAUAGCUUUGUUUUAUUUUCUCGCCUUUGAUUCCCUUUACGCAGGCUUAGCUCAGCACGCAUGCAGUAUGUUCACAAUUCUCGGAAGACGCCUAGAAAAAUUGACAGCCGACCAAAAUAUUAUCAAUAUAAAAAGAAAUCCAGUAAACGAAGAAAAUGGUAUCAAGUCAUUGGUGAUUUGUAUAAAAAUGCACAAAGAGAUUUUGCGGUUUGCGCAACUUUUAGAAGAAAAUUAUAGCAAUUAUUUUUUUUUAUUACUUGGCACUAUCGUACUUGGCUUAACUGUUACCGGUUUUCAAUUUGUAGUUUUGGCAACGGAAAUUGGCGAAAAAAUACGUUGCCUUUGGUAUGGGACCGGUCAAAUUAUUCAUUUAUUUUUUUUAAGUUAUCUUGGACAACAAUUAAUAAACCACAGCGAAUAUAUCAAUGAAUCAAUAUGUGCCGCCAAGUGGUAUAACUAUCCCAAAAAAAUGAAACUUUUGAUUAUUGUAAUGCUGAUGAGAGGGAAAAUAGUGUCGACUAUCACCGCCGGUAAAAUUUACAUUAUGUCAGUUGAAAACUUUAGCUCCGUAAUGAAGACUUCGAUGUCAUAUUUUACUGUUCUUACAUCCGUACAGUAA